AUGGUUGUGAAUCGCAGAUCCAGCUCAUCAUCUUCACUGCAGCGCCAACAAGACUUUACCAAGACGGUGCCGUUUGUGUCUCGAGAGGUGUUUCGACUGGUUCUCCGUCUUGAGGCACAGAAAGCUCUUGAUGUGAAUGUGGCAGCAUUGGAGCAGCGCUUUCGUGUACCACCGGGAUAUGCAGACGAUGACUCCUUAAAUGCUCGAGGUGAAGCCAAGCAACCGAAAAAUUUCAUUCCUGGCCCAGGUACAUACGAGGUACCAGAGCAAUGGCCUGUUCGAGAUGUGACUGCGACCCCGACGGCUGCAUUUCUUUCAAGAACGUCACGAGGACAGCUCGCACGCAUAUCAUCAGCUCCUCCUUGCUCCCCAACAAGACAAACUACCUAUGAUGAUACCCGUGACAAAAUUAUACGACCUCAAACUGCAAACCCCAAUGCAAAGCCCAAGUCUCCACGUACACGUCUUCGGCUCCCGAGCUCAUCGGGUCAUCGAGGGCUUCGGAUUCAGAUUCCAGAGCCACAGCAACCCAAACUUCAGGACGAGAUGAAAGCCACAUCAGAUAGUGUCAGCUACUCCUCAAUAAACCCUCGCAGUGCGUCUGCGUUCUCCAAAGUCAGUCGACAACUCGAACCCGACAGGAAAACUGUACCCGAUAUCGGGAGCUACGACAUCAAGCGAUUAUGGGACUCAAACACUCGUCGAAGCACUCUGGGGACACCUUCACCUGCUCCUUUCGGUGCUUCGAAAGAGAAGCGCGUGGUUACAUGGCGUCCUGCGCUAACCCCUGCAUCAUGCGCUGUAUCAGCCUCCUGGGACUCGUCUCGUCAUUAUGCUAAGCAGAAAGACAAAGUCGUCCGCAGUGCUGCCAAGCGAAGACUGCACAGUGCGAAGCUUCAUGCUCGGACUCUGUCAACACCAACGCUUCGACCUGCAACUGCAGCCCCUGCCAUGAACAAUACUGAGCCAGCUACAGAAGAUAUGCCGACCGAGACGCCCGAAGAUGACGAUCCUUUCAGCUGGUUGCGGCAACGACCCAAUGGGGAGAACCGAGUGAACUUCCUGGCAGCAAAGCACGGACUCACUAACUACGUCAAGUCAUCAACACGACGAUCGUCUCAAAUGUCAAGUUUCGGUGAAUACCUCACUCCUGGGACACCAAGUUCCAGACUGGUACAACAGCACAGCAAUUUACAGGAAGACGGCGAUACCACCACGACUGAGCCAGUGCUUACAGCCAAGCCGAAGGACGUUCGGAUCAAAGUGAGUUGUCGGAUGCCUGGAGGUAUGCUUAUCACUGCUAGUGUCUACUCCAUGAAGAAACUUCGACACUUCAAGUCUGCAAUCUUACAGCGUCAGAAGCGCUUCCUGAGUGUGGAUCAGUUUGAUCUCUACCAUAUGAGCGGGAGGAAGUUAACUGGACUCGAAGAAACAUUAACAGCAUGUGGCGUUCGUGAUCGCUCCUUGUUGCAGAUAGUUCCAGCAGUGACUGUAGCAUUGACACCACUGGGUACUACUGGAAGCCAAGAACCCGGCGACAUGAGGUGA